AUGGGCCGCUACAGCUUCAACAAGCGAUUGUUCUUGCCGAUGUGCGCUCAUCCAAAGAUCGAUCCAAUCUCUGGCGAGCUCUUCGCGGAUCAAUCCCCACCUCCGCUACUUCUGGGCGAGCCCGGACAGGAGGAAGAGCCCCGAUUUCGACGUUCCCAGAUUCGGGGUCAUCCCUCGCAUCCCGACCGUGGGAUCUCCUGGAUCGACGUCCCGGAUUGGACAUCAUUCCACUACAUCAACGCGUGGGAGGAAGGGACGGACAAGAUCGUCGUACUCAGCUCGUCCAUUACGCCGGUGGAACAUCUGUUUGACGAUAUCGCCGGAUUGUCCAACAGAUUGCACGAGAUCCACCUGGACCUUCGAUCUGGAUGGUCGUGGAAGCAACACGUGUGCUCGGCUGGACUGGAUUUUGGACAGAUCAACCAGAAAUUCCUGAGGCGGAAGAAUCGGUACGUUUACAUGUGCUACUAUGGGCCAUGGCCCAAAAUCUCGGGUCUGGCCAAGGUCGAUUUGGACGCUCCACGGCUGCCCAAGGUGGUCAUCGAUGGAACAAGUGACCCAGAUCUAAACGAGCCAUGCCUUGUGGCAUCGAGGAGAUUUGAACGAGGUCAGUUUUGUGGCAAGCCUUUCUUUGUGGUAAAUGGCAAGGAGGAAGACGAUGGAUGCGUCUUAAGCUACAUCCACGAUGAGGAAAGUGGUGUCUCAGAGCUUUUGGUCAUGGAUGCCAAAUCGCCCACACUUGAGACAGUGGCUUCUAUAGAGUUGCCUGCUAGAGUUCCAUAUGGAUUCCAUGGGAUCUUUAUAAAUGCUGAUCAAAUAGCCAACCAGAACCAUGCCACCUUGUAA